AUGGGUGACGAAAACUCAAAUUCUCGUAAAAAAUGUAAUAUUAACAGAUAUAAUGUGGUGAUAAUUGGAGGUGGCAUAGCUGGACUAGCCGCUGCCAAUUACUUUAUUCAGAAUGGAAUGGAAGACUUCAUAAUAAUAGAAGCUAGAAAACGUAUCGGUGGUAGAAUAAUUUCUAUACCACUGAAAAAUCAUAAUGUUGAAUUAGGGGCUAAUUAUAUACAUGGAGUUUUGGGCAAUCCAAUAUAUGAGUUAGCAACAGCCAAUGGACUAGUAAACAUAAUAAAUAUACCUAAACCUCAUAAGGUUAUUGCAGCAACUGAAAAUGGUAAGCAAGUGCCUUUUGGAGUUUUACAUGAAAUACAUGAAGCGUAUGUUUGCUUCUUACGACGAUGCGAGGAGUAUUUUUUGUGUCAAUACCUUCCUCCUCCUGAUAUACAUAGUGUUGGAGAACAUAUAAAUCUUGAAGCAACUAUUUAUUUGGAACGCUUACCAACAUCAGAAGAAAAAAAGCUUAGGAGAUUGAUAUUUGACUGUCUUUUAAAACGGGAAACUUGUAUAUCUGGUUGUAAUACAAUGGAUGAUAUUGAUCUCCUUGAAUUAGGUAGCUAUACAGAAUUACAGGGUGGUAACAUUGUAAUACCUUCUGGCUAUAGUUCUAUCUUGGGUCCUUUGACUAAAAUUAUACCAGCUGAUAAAAUAUUUUCAAAUCAUCCAGUGAUCAAAAUUGUUUGGGAUUCAGAACAACAUAAUAACUUGAAGCAAUUUGAAGAAGUAGGAGAAGAAUCUGAAGAUUCAGAUCAGACUGUAAUAGAAGAUAUUUCUAAAGCAUCUACUUCUGAAAGGGCUGGUGAUUCCAUUGAGACCAACUCAACCCUAGAUAAAUCUAGUAAAAAAUUAUCUCACUGUAUAGAAGUUGUAUGUGAAAAUGAACAAAGUUUUUAUGCUAACCAUGUAAUUUGUACUAUACCAUUGGGUGUCUUAAAAGAAAAAGCAUCUACAUUAUUUGAGCCUUCUCUACCCCAAUAUAAAUUAGAAUCCUUAGAAAGACUAUUAUUUGGUGCUGUUGAUAAAAUAUUUUUAGAAUAUGACAGACCUUUCUUAAAUCCAGAUAUAACUGAAAUUAUGUUACUUUGGGAUAAUGCACAAACUUCAGAGGAAAUAUCACAAACAUGGUAUAAAAAGAUUUAUUCAUUUGUUAAAAUAACAGAAACUCUUUUAUUAGGAUGGGUUUCUGGUAAGGAAGCUGAAUAUAUGGAAACAUUAUCAAUGGAGGAGGUUGGUGCUACCUGUACCAAAAUUUUACGAAAAUUUUUAAAUGAUCCAUUUGUUCCAGAACCUCAAACAUGUGUAUGUACCAGUUGGAAAAAGCAACCAUAUACAAGAGGUUCUUACACAGCUAUUGGUGUUGGGGCAAGCCAAAAUGACAUUGAAAGUUUAGCACAACCAUUAUUUAGGAAUGUUCAUGAUAAAAAGCCUGUUUUACUCUUCGCUGGAGAACAUACACACAGCAGUUUCUAUUCCACUGUUCAUGGAGCUUAUCUUUCUGGUCAAGCAGCUGCUCGUCGUCUUCUUGCUCCUGAUGUUUCUGAAAACGCUCUAGACUGUCCCGAAUCAAAUGAUCUCAGUACCUGGAUCCAGGGCAUACAGUUGGAUGGC